GUGAAAUGGCCGUCGCACCGAGCAAACUUCUGGAGCCGCCCCUGAAUCGGGUGCACUGCGCCAUUCUGCACAGUCGACCGGGUCAGAGUUGCACAAAGGCCUUGCUUUGGAAUCUGUACCGCAACCAUGUCUCCAGUGCGAAGUACUAUUUACCCUUGUUGCUGUUACCCUUGUUACUAAACAUUCGACGUCUCUCCAAAAGUUUGGUAUCUUCUGUGUUAAAGAACUUUUUGCAAUCCGCCAGUUUUGCCGCCUGCAUAAAUGCCGUCACCUUUUAUUUAAUGUGCGUGGCCAGGCGUUAUAAUGGUCGAUUUGUGUUAUUAUUUAUCCCUUAUCUGCCCUGUUGGGUUGCCUCGCACCUCUGCUGGUUGAUGCCUCCCCAGGUUCUUCACUUCUUUGUGACUGGAAUAGUUCCUGCAGCCAUCGAAAGUUUUUUAAGAUAUUUUGACGUCGGUUUGGUUCAUUCCCGCUUUUCUCAGACUCUGAUAUUUAUGAUAUCAUCGAUGGUGGUCCUGCAUUAUCAGCAGUCCAAAAAGUAUUCCGGUUUCUGGUUCAUACGACCAGCUUCUUUGCCCGAGGAUCACAAGGAGUGGACCAUCUCAAAGCAACUGUUGCAGGGGCUCAGAGAAUUGAAAACCUACUUGGGAAUUGGACUGGGAUUGGAUCUACUAAAUCCCAUAACCAAAAGAAACCUAAAACUCUUUCGACCAAAAAUGACGAGUUUUUUGGCGGCCUAUAUUGGAUUGUUUAAGUUGGUACAAUUGCUUCCGUUAAAAAAUUUGAAUGUAAAACAAGCCAAUGCUCUAGCAUCCUUUAUAAGUGGAGCUUCCUUUGCCCUUCUGCCAAAUCGUCUCACCUUCAUGUGUUUCGCUUUUGUAACCGCCAUCCAGGUGAUUUGGCAACAGGUGUGUAAUCUUAAUGCUGAAAAAGAUCCGGUACUUUCGAAGGUGCAAAAGAUUCCCUGGUCAAAGCUGCUGAUACCUUGUAAUCUGGCCUACCUAGUGCACAUUUUCUUUUACCACGAACGUCAUCUGAACGAACUUGCCCGGAGUUUUAUAGACUGCACAUGUGAUAAAAAUGGCCAGCGACUGUUGGAUCUGAUGAAUCUGCCCAAUAUUAACACCAUAUUAGAAACGGCGAAUAAGUCACCAAAAACUUCGUUUUGGUAAUAAUAAAAUGAAAUUAGACUUUUCUGGCUAUUAAUA